AGUUACUUAAUAUUUCGCUACGCGAGAUAGCUCGAUGCUAUCAGUUGUACCAUUAAUAAUAUUCUCUUGUUCUUAAAAUGUUUUCUAAAUCUUACUUUUCUCAAAUGUUGUUACCAAGUAAUUGGUCUAGAAAAUCGGAAGGAACAGUGAGACUCCAUGAACAUAUCAAUAUUAUCGAACAAUGCAGUAAAGAAGUUACGGAAUCUAUUUCUUCCAAUCUUAUUAUACCAUAUGGGACAAGACCACGAGAAAGAAUUCAUAUCAUCGGAUCCGAUUUACCCAAAAGUUCCCCAAUAUAUAUCCAUUUCCAUGGUGGAUACUGGCAAGAAUCAAUUGUAACAGCUGAAAAUAACUUAUUAAUAGCCAAACAUUUGUAUAAUAAUAAUAUUAAAACGAUAAUUGUUGGUUAUGAACUGUGCCCAACUGUUACUUUAUCAGAAAUUGCUGACAACGUAGAAAAAGCAUUGAUAAUUUGUUUGGAGUACGCAAAAACACAUGAAACUAAAGGAAUUUUCUUAAGUGGUCAUUCAGCUGGAGGACAAAUAGUAGCUAUGCUGUUUAAAUCUUUUCUUCCGAGCCUUCCCGUAGAAGAUCAGUCCUUAUUUAAGAAAGCGUUUCUUUUAUCGGGUGUAUUUGAUUUAACAGCUGUCCAAAAAUCGUCUUUAAAUGACUUGUUACGUUUAGACGAAACAUCUGCUUUAAAAGAGAGUCCGUUGCAUCAAAAUUUGAAAGCUAGUUAUUGUGAAUUAGUUUUCGUAGUUGCAAAAUAUGACAGUCCUAAAUUAAUACAACAAUCAGAAGAUAUGUACCUACAAACUACAAAAUUGGGAUUCAAAGCUGAAUAUAUUUUCUUGGAAAAUACAGAUCAUUUUGAUUUAAUUGAAGGUUACAAUGAUGAAGAAAAUGUCCUUACUAAACUUGUUGUAAAAUAUUGUACAAACAAAUGAUAGAUACAAAAAUUAUUACAUAUUAAAAUUGUUAAGAAAAUAAUAAA